CCCUCGCUUAUAUAUACGCGUUGUCCACAAUUUAUCAAGCCCUCUUCCGCUCGCUAGCUCGCUCACUUAUCGCUGCUGCUGCUUCUCUUUUCUGUGUGGUUCAAUCCGAGAGAAACUCAGCAAUCAUGUUGGUCUAUCAAGAUUUACUCACCGGUGAUGAGCUUCUCUCGGAUUCAUUCCCAUACAAAGAAAUUCAGAAUGGCAUGUUGUGGGAAGUUGAAGGAAAGUGGGUUGUUCAAGGAGCUGUUGAUGUGGAUAUUGGUGCAAAUCCUUCUGCUGAGGGUGCAGAUGAAGAUGAGGGUGUUGAUGAUCAAGCAGUUAAAGUGGUUGACAUUGUUGAUACAUUUAGGCUUCAGGAGCAACCUUCUUUUGACAAGAAACAGUUUGUCACAUACAUGAAGAGGUUUAUUAAGUUGUUGACAGCUAAGUUGGAUGGGGAGAAGCAAGAGACUUUCAAGAAAAACAUUGAGGCAGCAACAAAGUUUCUGCUCUCUAAGCUUAGUGACCUACAAUUAUCUUUGCUUGUGUUGCAGUUUUGUGGGUGAGAGCAUGCAUGAUGAUGGCUCUCUUGUGUUUGCUUACUAUAAGGAAGGUGCCACUGACCCAACAUUUUUGUAUUUUGCCUAUGCCUUGAAGGAGGUCAAGUGCUAAGUAUGGAUACCCAGCUUCGAAGUGGGAGUUACUUGCUGUAUUUCUAGUUUUUAUCAUUGUGCCCUUUCAUUUGGUGCGUGAGGCUUUCAUUUUGGAUUUAAUUGGGGUUGAUUGGCUGUGACUUGCUAUUUUAUCAUGCGGAAUAUUUAUGUCUUUUGUUGACAAAUAAUUUAAUAUUUUUAUUGAGUGUAUUCCAAAAUUUAUCGCAAAA